AUGUUUUUGAUUACUCUGUAUAUUUCGUGCAUAUCGUCUUCGAUUUUGUUCAGUUUCUCGUCAGUUUCGUCAUCGGAAUCCUCGUUUGAUGUUUUUGAUGCAUCUUCAAUUACGUUAUCCGCCUUGUUCGAUAGCUCCUUUAGGUCAUCUUUAAAUGAAAUGACCAUUUUUUGCAACGUGGAAUGA